UUACUACUUUUGGUUACGUUAUAGUAAUGUUUUUCAUUUAUCCUUCCAUUGGCAGCUUUUGUAGACUGCAAACAGAUUAGCGGCCAGUGAGGCAAGGAUGAAAAUAUUAAAGAUAGGUAAACAAGAAUUCCCUAGUGAUUUAUAGUUUCCCUCUUGAUAAACCCGGGAUUUGAAUCUUUCAUCUAGAGGCCGAUGAUCUUCUACUAAAUAUUCUAAACUGCUCCCAAAGUCCAUUUUUCCCUAUGUCCAAAAUUCAUAUUUUAUGUUAAAAAAUCCUUGGCUAUUUUGAGUUCCUUUGUGAGUAUUUUUGUGUGUCAAAUUUGGCUAGUGACAGAUAUCCUAUUCUGAACAAACACCUUUCAAUUUUCUCUGAUGAUCAAAAAUCCAGUUAAGUUUCUUAUUGUUCCCUUGAUGUUCCUCUUGAAUCUUACGAGACAGAGCAUGAAUUCCGAGUAAGUAUGAGAAACUGAGCUAAAAUAAAAGUCAAGUUUCAAGUUUCUCUGGUUGGUGAUAAAAAAAAAUGAAAAGUAGUUAUGACUAGUCUGUCAUAUAUAAUUGUAGACCAGCUCAAAGCUGUUGUUUUGAAAGAUUAUCAUGCAAAGGCAAACUGGUGUUGCUUUUGUGAUAGGUCUGGUUAGUCUAUGUAAUGACUGAGGCUUACUAUUGGACUUCGAUUCAAUGAGUUGUAUCGAUAACCUUGUACAUAAUCGGGACAAUAUUUUGCCCGUUCUGUGAAACAAGCUGGGGUGAGGAGGUCAAGAAUUUGCUAAUUAGUUUGCAUCCCAUUUGAUCCUAUUGUUGUCAUGGAAUCGUUUUAUCACAUCAUUGAUCUGGGUCUGGCUAACUUGGCAGAGGAACUUCAAGUUUCAUACCAGAGCCCAAUCAAAAUGAAGAGGGAUUUUGCAGAGGAAGAAUCAACAACAGCUGAGAACCAUCUUGCGUGCCAACCAUGAAGAGGCUCGUGGGCCAACUGGGUUGUACUGAGGAAGUUUUGAUGCUUGCGAACAUCCAAACACCUGAUCUGGUCUCAACAGCACAUUCCUAAAUGCUUAGUUGUUUGACGCAGUUGCUUUCUAAUGAUAUCACUCCCGAUCUCGAUGAGGCUCUGCAGAGGGAGAUUCAAGCUGCAUUUCUUGAAAUUCAGGAGAAAGUCUCCAAACACCACUGGAUGGAGAUGCGGGCUGUCAUGAGCCAUGUCAUGGUGUUCCAAAGUUACUGCAAUAUUGUCUUUUAUCAUGUGCUGCGUAUUGUUAACCUUCUUCAUAGGAUCAUUGACAUUAAACGACCUCUUCUCAUGGUGUGUAGUUGUCGUUUGCAAGCUUUGAAUCGUGCUAUUCUUUGGCUUUGGCCGAAUCUCAAAAUGCUUGCAGAAGCCGCAUGUGCAGGUGGUUCUGUAUGUGAAGUUAAGCAUAAAAUCAAAUUUGUUAACGAGAUUACCGUUUAGAUGUCCACUUCAAGCCACAAUCUUGUGACCGGAAGAGACUUUUUUCAUGGAAAAAGCAAAUGUUAUGGACUCAGCACAUAAUAUGUCAAUUGCAGCCAAGAGUCCCAACGAAAAGGGUUUCAAUACGACAGAAGUUUCUCAUUUGGAAGAAUUUUGAACACAAAAUAGAAGUGUUCAUCAACCUACAA